AAUUUUCUCAAUUCAAAAUACACAUAGUCAUCGUUGGUCGUAUAUGAAUUAGAAUACAGCCUCAUAGUAGUUUUGAUUUUUUAAGUAAAAUAAUUUUCUUUAGUUUUUACGUUUUCUAAUUUUUGUUUGUGUUUUACAAUUAUGUCUGGUGGUUACGAUAGAGCGAUCACGGUGUUUUCACCUGAUGGCCAUCUUCUGCAAGUUGAAUAUGCACAGGAAGCGGUAAGAAAAGGAUGCACGGCUAUUGGUGUAAUGGGUAAAGACUGUGUCGUACUCGGAGUAGAGAAAAAGUCGAUUGCUAUGCUUCAAGAAGAGCGCACCGUCCGUAAGAUAUGUCCCCUGGAUUCCCAUAUUGUGAUGGCGUUUGCUGGUCUGACGGCAGAUGCUCGUGUCAUCAUUAACCGUGCACAGAUGGAAUGUCAGUCUCAGUACCUUACACUGGGAGAAACCGUAACUACCGAAUAUAUCACUCGGUUCGUCGCCUCAAUUAAACAAAAAUACACCCAAAGUAAUGGACGUCGUCCAUUUGGUAUAUCGUGCUUAAUUGCGGGUUUUGACAACGAUGGUACUCCACAUCUUUUUCAGUCGGAACCGUCUGGUAUUUAUUACGAGUGGAAAGCAAAUGCCACUGGACGCAAUUCCAAGUUGGUCAAAGAGUUUUUACAGGAUAAUUAUAACGAUGAAGCUGUCAGUACAGAACAAGGUACUAUCAAAUUAGCAGUUCGAGCGUUAUUAGAAGUGGUCCAAUCUGGUCAAAAGAACAUUGAACUGGUUGUAUUAAAAAACAACGAGAAGAUGAGAAUGCUAGACCCAGCUUCUCUUGAAGCAAUGGUCAACGUUAUAGAAGCAGAAAAAGAAGCUUUGGAAAAAGAGAAAAAUAAACAAAAAGACAAACAAUAAAUUUAUUUAAUUACAAUAUUUGGUUUUUUUAUAGGAAUAUAUAUAUUUUUUCUUUUGUAUGUAUCUACAAUUAUUAAUUAUAUUAAUAACACUGGUUUUAUUAAUAUAAUAACAAAAAUUGAAAAGCUAA